AAAACUAUCGAUAGCAUAUAGCGAUUAUUGUUUUUAUUCCUUAUUUAUUUAUGUUUGUUUGCCAUGAACGAUCCAAACAAGAAAAUCAGCGUUAACUUGUCCUCGCUACUUAGCUUAAAAGCAGAACUAUUAAGGAAGCAGCAUGAGGUGAAGCUGGCCAAGGCCACCAAGGCUGCUGCCAACGAAUUUCGGCCCAGCAAAAGGUCCAGCGACAAAGAAAAGGUAAAGUCCAAGGAGCGCGACUACAAAAGGAUCGGCAGCAGCGAAGAUGGGUCCAAGGUGUAUGAGGCGGAGGACCCCGCGCAGUUGGAAAAGUCGAGGCGCGUGCUGGAGGCCAAGAGCAAGUACUACGAUAGGAUGAGUCGCAGCGGCGGCAGCCUCAACUCCGACGACAACUGCCUGGUCAUGUUCAAUCGCAAGAAGCAGGAAGAAGAUCAGGAGCACCAAAACCAAAGUUAUAGUCCCCAUCGACCGCCAAGCAGCAGUAGCAGUGAAGAUGAGGGCGCGGAUGACGACGAAGUGGAGUACAUCGAUUGUCUGGGGCGCACAAGAAAAUGCCAACGCAAAGACUUGGCAGAGGCCAAGAGACGCGAUGAAGAGCUGGGCAGGACCAUGCCACAGCGCCUGGACCAGAGCAAGGCCAAUUGGAUGAUUGACACCCAGGGCACGAAAAACGACGAGGAUGAGGAGGACGAGGAGCCAAGCUACGGACCACCGCCCCCGGAAAGCGUGUGCAGCGAUGCCAUAUCCACAAUGACCAAGCACGACGAACAGCGCAUGAACUGGGAGGUCAAGGAGCAGGAGAAUAUUGAAAAGCCCGAUGUCCAUUACCAAGACGUCUUCUUCGAUGAAGCGCGAACUCAUGGCGUUGGAUACUAUGCUUUCUCGACGGACGAAGCCGAGCGCCGACAACAGCAAGCGGAGCUGGAAGAGGCGCGGCAGAAGACAGCCGAGGAGCAGAAACGCCGGGAUGAGUUGCGCGCUAAGCGAGAUAGUAUCGUGGCUGACCGAGUACUGGCCGCCAAAAACAGGAUUCGGGCACGUGAAGGCCUACCACCCAUUAGCAAGGAGGAGUACGAGCAAGAGCAGCUUCUCAAGAAGCAGGAGGAAACGGCAGAAACGGAUCGGGAGCGAAAAGAAAGAGAGAAGAAAGAGGCUCUUGAUCGAAAGAAGGCGAAGCAGGAGGCCGAACUGGAUGAUCUGCGCAAGGAGCAUGUACGCGAUUGGGACAGAGAUAAGCCAGGCGUAGCCAAGCGAACAGAAUCCGAAUCCUCCGAGGAGGAGUGGCAAUACAAAGCCGAGAGGCUUCCCAUGUCUCAGGAGGAAUGGAACGAGAAGCAACGCGCCCAGCGCAAGGAAGAGUUUGCACCCAUGCCAGAACCAAAGCGUACCAAUUUCUCCAGCAUGCCACCCCCACCGGCGUGGGUAAAGGGCGAGGAGGAGUUCCGCAACUUCCACACCAGCAAGCAGGAAAGAUCAUUCCAACGGCGAAGUUAUAAUGCCAACAGCGAGGACAAUAACGAUGAUGGGCCCAGCACUUCAUCCCGUCAAAUGGGCGCUGCUAUCCCUCCACCUGCCAGUCUGAAUGAUACUGCCAUGUUGCCACCAGCAGCCAAGCGGCCAAAAUCGCAAUUGGAACUGGAACGAUCCAUCGAAGCUGGCCUGAAAUUCCUCCGCGAAAAUUGCGACAAAGGUGCGCUCGGCAACAAAGCCACCUGGACCGCAAAGGCUGACUACUAAGCUAGUAAAUUUCCUUUGUUAAUAUUUUAUUGCUUCGUAUAAAGAAUAUUUUAGAAAAACACAAUACACAAUACGCGACCUA